CACCCGAGGAACCCCCCAACAUUCCGUCUGAUCGGGAACUUGUGUUCUCCACACAGCAACUAUACACACACAGGACACAUCCCUCGACUGCUCUCAAGCAGCAGCAGAAACGCAUCACACACAGCUCAAGAUGGCUGCUCAAUAUCCCAGGAGACAACCCUCUAGCCAGUCCUCCUCCAGCCACGGCUCUCGCAGCAGGGGGAGUAACGACUCAUACGACUCGCAUUCUACCGCUCCUACCUCACUCUACUCCUCGCCAUGCCCCUCGGAUCUGAAGAGCUCACCGUCCUCCGCAGAGGCCGGCGCCUAUGCCGGCGCCAAGCACCGGCAGGCGUACGACUCGCGCGACGACGUCAGCCCCGCUACUUCGCUCUACCCGCGCUCGUCCGUCGAGACCUACGCCUCGACCACGGCUUCCCGCGAGGACCUGGACGCAGCGGAUCUCGACGAGACGGUCGACUUCGAGGACAGCUCCAUCCCGCCCCUGCCCGUCUACCGGCGCGAAGUCGUCGAGCCGUACGUGCGCCCGGCGACGCCCCAGGAGUUCGGCAAACUCUUCCCCUCGCUUAAUCGCCUGACGAUACGGCACGACGAGUUCACCUCGGAUGGGAACAUGAACCUGCGCAUCGACACGGUGGUGACGGGCCGCCGGAGGACAGCCAUCCAGCUCUUCCACCUGCGCAUGUACGACCUGGCGAAGCGGGAGUUCUCGUUGAGGCGGUACUCGCGCGACUCUGGCCGCGAGGUCUGCAACUCGAAGCGCAAGUUCACCGAGCCUGCCGUGCCGAGGCCCAACACGGCGGCGGACGAGCGGCCGACCCUGAAGCAGUCCAUGUCGACCGCCCUCAGGACGUUUGGUGGUGGGAAGCCGGUUCUGCGCCGCGCCAAAUCCGGCAUGACGGUGCAGGGACGCCCCGGCACGGGCUACUCGACGUGCGAAGGCGACGACGAGCUGGUCUUCGACGCCAGCAACCUGUCUCGCCUGUCGCUCGACAGCCGCCUGGUCCGGAGCAAGGCCCAGCGCCCGACGCCGACCAACACCAUCAAGCUGGAGUUCAGCAACUAUGCCCGCGUCGACGUCAACCGCCGCGGCGGAAAGGGCAGUAAGCGCUACGAGUUUGAGUGGUGGGGUCACCGGUACAACUGGAAGCGCGCCGUCGACAAGCAACUGGCCUUGGUUUCGUUCCACCUGAUCCGGGACGGCAACACGGGCGCGCCCGUCGCGCACAUCGUCCCCGAGACGAGGGCACCAACCCAAGUGUUUGCCGACGACAGUGCUGGCGGAUGGGUCCCUCCGUGCUUCAUGUGGAUCGCCGACGAGUCCGUCAUUGAUGCCGUCACGGACGUUGCCGAGUAAGUGAAACCCACCCUGUCUUCUU